CGGGUCAUCUCGUGUUCAACCGGACCGCCCUUUCCAACCUUCCCUCAUUCCCCAGAGCCUCUGAAUACCCGGUAUUCACGAUGUCUGCCCCUUCGAUCACCAACUACAUCGUCAAGCGCCCAUGGCUCAAGCGCUGGAUGACCCCUCUGGCCAAUUGGUACACUGAUGCCGCCGGCUACAGGAAGCUCGGACUGAAGUUCGACGAUCUCAUCCCCGAGGAGAGCGAGGUUGUCCAGAAGGCCAUCAAGCGUUUGCCUUCCAAGGAGGCCUACGACCGUGUCUUCCGCAUUCGCCGCGCAUUCCAGUGCUCCAUUUCUCACACUCUCCUUCCCCCCAACGAGCAGAUCAAGCCCCACGAGGACGUUGAGUACCUCAGCCCCAUCAUCCGCGAGAUCGAGAAGGAGAACAAGGAGCGUGAUGACCUCGACAACCUCGUCGUCCGCAAGUAAAUGCACCCAGCCAACACUUGUGCCUGUCCUGCGACUCUAUGACGAAAAACCGGUGAAAUUAUAGUGCUAUGGGGUUGUUUUCGUUUGAUAGACCUUCAAUUUUUGCGAUGGAUACGGACCAGCCGUAGAUGGUGGUUCCUGGAUAAUCCUAUGUGUGUACUGAUAUUGUACAAAUCGAUCUUCUUUGUUCUGCCUUAAUACUCAGAGUCCGCUGCAAUCUCUACCAUGCGCUGAUGCGCUUUUCCAGUAGCGGAAUGGCUUUAUGCCCAG